UUUCUCUUUCCCCAAUUUUGCGUCCCCAUCAGGGCGGAGCCCUUCCAGGAGAGUUUAAGUUCUCAGGUUGACUUCAGCCCUCAGCUGUGGGCCACAACACACAGUCUGGAAGCCUGUGAGGAUAUCAAUGGAUCAGAGCUCACCCUCCGAGGCCCCUGGCCCAAGUUGGGAGAUGGAAGGUAGUAGCUUCAUCAACAGCUGCAGGCCUCUGUUUGUGCCGAGUCUAGAUUUUCAGCCCUUAGAUGCAUCUGGAAUGGACAAAUAUGCCAAGAUGUCCACAGACGACGAGACCACACAGAGGAUUCCCUCCGCUCCUAUAUUCCAGUGCUUCAAACAAAAUAAAGUGAUGAUUUCAAAUGCAAUAAAAAAGCCAUUUCCUUUUCUUGAGAUACUCCGUGACAACGAUCUCAUCACUGAAAAAAUGUAUGAAGAUUUUAAAGAUUCCUGUGCAAACCUGGUUCCUGUACAAAACGUGGUCUACAGAGCCCUGGAAGAACUGGAGAAGAAAUUUGACCUGAAAGUUCUACUGGUAUUGUUCAGUCUUGGAAAUCUGAAUGAAUACCCUGAUUUGAAACCCAUUUCAGAGUCCAAAGACUUUAAAAAUGUCUUACCACAAUUGUGUUUUGGAGAAAUUGAUAGAGGGGACCCAAACUUGCAGCCAAGUCUUGAACAAGGUCCAAGAAUUCCCAUAUCGAACAAUAUGGAUAUUAGCAGUCCUAUGCUUCCAGUGACCUGUGGUACUGCUGAGGGGACUCUGUAUGUGGAGAAUUAUAAGAAAGGCAUCCAUGAGAAGAGUAUACAGAUUGCGAAUGGACAGUGGCUCACUCUCAAGGAGUUUGAAAUCAGCGGACAUCGUGAAAGAUCCAGGAACUGGAGACAAAGCAUACGUUGCUGUGGAUGCACCCUGGGAGAGUUGAUAAAGGUAGGACAUCUACCAGACUCACCUAGGACAAGGAGACAGGAAAGAAGGAAGGGACAGUAUGGCAGAGCACAUUUGAGAGUAGAGAAUUACUUUCGCUUCUCUUUUCCCCAUUUGGGCGGAGCCCUCUCUGCUGAGUUAGAGUUCAGGCUGACUUCCUGCUCUCGGCUGUGGGCCACAACUCAGGGUCUAGAAGCCUGUGAGGAGACCAAGGAUCAGAGCUCAGCCUUCUAUGACCCUGGCAGGAGUUGGGAGACAGAAGGUGGCAGCUUCAGCAACAGGAUGUUCACAGGACACAAGGACACAGAAUCUAUAUUCCUGCUCUUCAGAAUGCUUAAAUUGGACAUUUCAAGUGCAAUAAAAGAUUUAUUUCCUUUUCUAGAGGUCCUUCGUGACUACAAUGUCAUCAGCAAUAAACAGUAUGAAGGGAGGAGAAGCAGAGGCCUCAGGAGAUGGUCCUGCUUCUAUCUGAGGGGAAGGUGUUCCGUGUUCCUUUCUGGAAUCAGGGAUUUUCAAGAAUCCUUUGGAAACCUGAUCCCUGUACGAAAAGUGGUCUACAGAGUCUUGGAAGAACUGGAAAAGAAACAUGACCUGAAGGCUCUGAGGCUUUUGUUCUGUAAGCAAAAUAUGGAGGCAUACCCUGAUUUGGAACACAUUUUUAAAAGAUUUAAAAAUGUCUUACCACAGAACGAAUCAUGGUCCGAAGAAUUUGAUAGAAGGGACCCAAACUCACAGCUCAGUGUUGAACAAGGACCUGGUGACAGCUGCUCUCAAGAAAGCCUGACCUGGUCACCCUCAGGUCCCUCCUCAUCUGAAGACUGUAGAAGUAACAAUGGAAGAAAUACCAUCCUCAUCCAGGGAAACCAAACUAAGAAUCAUCAAUUCUCCAUCCCCCAGAUUCAGAAUGUUGUGAGUUUACAUGAAAAUGGACUCUCAGAAGACCUCUAUGAAAUAGUAGACACGAAAGAAGAUACCACCGGUGGCGACAUUGAUGGACUGCAAAAGCCCCAAGCAACCUUACUAAAAGGCCCAGGUUCUGAGCCAGCGGAGUCCUGUGAACUAGAAGUCCAACUGAGUGACAGAGAUACAGGCCUGGAGCCUCGCAUCCCAUUGCCCAGCAGCAACAAAAGAGCAGAGCUUCCCAGCCAUGGGAUCCACACUAGCCCCUGUUCUGUGCCUACGGAAAAUAUAAAGCAAGAAAAUUCUUCAUUUUUUUUGGAUGAUGAACAUCAGACUCAUGCAAGGACCGACCACAAUCAGGCCUCUGGGGUAAUAGACCUUACCAGCGAUGAUUCUGAUGAUGGACCCAGAGGCUCAGAGGAAUCCACCUCAGUCACCUGGCAGUCAAGAAUAUACAGUAGCUCCUCUUCUGAACUGAGUGCUGGGGAGGAAACUCAGGAAUACCUAAGAUGUGGAUCAGGUGUAGAAGAUCAGGACGCCCAGCCUUGGCCCUCGGGAUGUCAGCAAUCUGAUGACUACAAGCCUGCUCAUGUAGCCAGGGCUGGCUUCGAACUUGUGAUCCUCCUUUCACGUGUAUCUUCACCUACUCGAUCACAGUUCCAAGGAGUAGAUCUCAUCUUUGUGUGGCCUAAAAAGACAGACAAAAUUGGAAAAUGCGUAAUUCGGAACUUCAAAAUGCCAAUGGACACAAGCUGGAAAAAAGCUUACACGGGGAGAUGUAUCAACAGUUCUUCACAAAGAGGCAGAAAAAGAGGUCCAAGAAUUUCCAAACAAUACAAUGUGGAUUUUAGCCGUCCUGAGCUUCUAGUGACCUGUGGUACUGCUAAGGGGACUCUGUAUGUGGAGAAUUUUAAGAAAGGCAUCUAUGAGAAGAGUAUACAGACUGAGCCUGGACGUUGGUUGACUCCCAAGGAGUUUGAAAUCAAAGGAGAUCGCCAAAACUCCAAGAACUGGAGGCUAAGCAUACGCUGCCAUGGAUGGACCCUGGGAGAGUUGAUAAAGAAUGGAGCUCUACCAAACCCACGAGGGAAAAAGAAAAAGCUGGAAAAUUCAAGACAUUGUACAAAUUCAAGACAUUGUACGGUGUGCGGUGGACGACGGAAAUUGUGCCCUUGUGUUAGUUGUAGAAAAUUCUAUCAUAAAAAUUGCCACAUCCCACCUGUGGAAGACAAGAGUAGCCCAUGGACCUGUGUCUUCUGCAAGAUAAAGGAUCAGGCAAGGUGCCAAGAAAAUCAAGCAUUUCAUAAGGAAUCUGAGGUCCUGAAGAGGAUGAUGUUGCCUGAGGAGCAGCUGAAAUGUGAGCUGCUUCUCUUGACUGUCUAUCGCCAUUCAAAAAGUGCCUUUUUUAAACUCAAACCAAAGCAAAGGAAAAAAGAGUUUCCAGCCCUCCAGCAACACAUGUGGUUAGACAAAGUCAAGAAAAGGCUGAACGAUAAGGCAUACCACUCGGUACAACAUUUUGUUGCAGACAUGCGCCUCAUCUUUCAGAACCACAGCAUAUUUUAUAAAAAUUGCAGGAUGAGCAACCUUGGAGUCAAAGUAGGAAGUCUAUUUGAGGAGACUUUCAAAAGAGCUUUUUCAAUCCAAGGUACAGGCAAAUAACAUCAAACGUGUAAGCACACCGGUGGUUUUGUUCUCAUAGUCCUUUGUAUUCCGUCCAUCACCCAUCCCUCCAGCCGUCAACUGCACAGAGCUCAGAGAGCCCACCCUCCCCUCUGCCCUUCUGUGUAAAUGCCCUGCCACACUUCUGCUUCUGACUUUCUGUAUUGCCCUUCCUGUUCAAUUACCUUCCUAAAUAAAACUUAACAUUUGCAAUGUACAUCACAAUGGUGAACGGUCAGGUGCUGAGGGAGCCCACUGAGAAGGUGACUCGGGGAGCAAGACUGUACCCCUCCCCAAUUUUAAACCCAAGUAUGCUGCCCCAAAUGUCUCCAAAGCAUCUUUUCUAAGGAUGACCUGACCCUUUGAACCAGUGACUGAGUGGAGAUACCAACAAAACAGACCAAAUGUGAGAGCCCUGUCCUUGGGAAGAACUGGAAGGAGAGCCAUGACAAACAGAUAUUACAGUUGUUUAUCCUGUGGUGUAAAAAGGGAAGGAGAAGCCGGAGAGAAAUCUCAACUGUGAACUGUGGCUGACUGCUCAACGUCCACAGACAGUUUCUGCUGACUGCCGUGAGCAUCCAAUUUGAUGAUGUUGUCUCUCUGUUGCUGUUCAUUCUUCAACCUGGAACCUCACCGAAUGCUAACUCUGGUCUGCCCUGGACUCCACUGGGAACUCCAGACCCCACCCCCACCACCUCUGCAGUUCCCCCCUGGAUAUUCCAAGUACAUGAUGAGCAAUGUUCUGUUGUUCUCUCUACUCUUUUCCUUUGGCUUGUAACAUACUUAAUAAACUCAUCCAAAGCUGAAA